AUGAAGCAGAGGUGACUAGAGAGGAUGUCUGUGGUUCUUCAGAAGAUCAAUUCUAGUGUGAGGAGCAUAAGGCCCAUGCAGGACACAGCUCUGGCCCAACGAGCAGGGCAGAUUAAAGAGGAGCUCAGGCAGGGAGUGAAAAAGCCCUACAUUAAGAUAAUCGACUUGACAUGGGGCGACCCCCAUAGACACGGCCUCAAGCCCCUCACAUUUGCCCGACAGGUUUUGGCUGCAUGUCUGUACCCAAAGCUCUUGAAUGAUGACACUCUCCCUGCAGAUGUGAGGCAGAGAGCUCAAGGGCUGCUCAGCGAGUGUCAAGGGGGCAGCAUGGGUUCAUACACAGACUUGCCCGGCAUUCCACAAGUGGCUCGGCAGAUUUCAGAGUUCAUUGUGAGACGAGAUGGAGGUGUUCCCUCUGACCCGGAAAGCAUCCUCAUUUCUCCAGGCUCUCAGUGGGCCCUGCAGAACAUUUUAAGUUUGCUGGUACAUGGCAGUGAUAGUGCAGUGAGAUCGGGGGUGCUGACUCCGCUGCCCUCGCACUGUGUUUCCAUCAUGUCUGUGGUGGGACUGGGGGGUGUGUCUGUGCCGUACCACCUGUCCGAGGAGCAGGGCUGGGAGGUGCAGGUGGAGGAGCUGAACAGAGUGCUGGAAGCUGCAAAACAAGAGUAUGAUCCUGUCGCUUUAUAUGUCAUCAAUCCUGGAAAUCCUUCAGGUCAUGUUCAAAGUAGAAAAUCUAUCCAAGACGUAAUUCGGUUUGCGUCAGAGAAGAGGCUCUUCCUCUUGGCAGAUGAGGUUUAUCAAGACUGCAUUUACAAAGACAACAUAGAAUUUGUGUCCUAUAAGAGAGUUUUGGCUGAGAUGGGACCUCCUUUUUCUAACACAGUGGAGCUAGCCUCAUUUCACUCUGCAUCUAAAGGCUUCCUGGGAGAGUGUGGCUUGCGAGGCGGUUACGUGGAGUUGGUGAACUUGGACCCAGCAGUUAUGAAACAUGUAUUCACCAUUUUCUCCAAAGACAAUGCGCCCACUCCAGGUCAGAUAGCCCUGAGUGUGAUGGCAAGUCCCCCACAACCAGGAGACCCAUCUUACCCCCUCUAUAGAAUGGAGACACAACAAAUGCAAACUUUGAUCAAAGAUAAUGUAAGAAUAGUGCAUGAAGUUUUGAACAGCCUGCCUGGUGUCUCUUGUCAGCCAGUGGAAGGUGGAGCUUUUGCAUUUCCAAUAAUAUACCUUCCACCCAAAGCAAUUCGAAAAGCAAAGGAGCUGGGAAUGGAGCCAGAUACAUUUUACUGCCUCAGACUUCUAGAAGAUGCUGGUGUAUUUUUCAGCCCAGGCUGUGAAUACGGACAGAAGGUCGGAACCUACCAUAUACGAUUUUGCAUUAUGGCCACAAGGGGCACUAUAGAGGAAACGCUAACGCGCUUCGCCGUCUUUCACACACAUUUUAUGGAUGAGUUUUCUUGAAUUAGAACUUUAUUUUCUAUCAUCUCAUAAUUUACAUUUAUACCAAUGUAAAGAAUAAAUUAAUAUAAUAAUAAUAAUUCAUUAAUGAUAAUUAGUAAAAAAUAAGGGGAAAAA